ACACCUUUAUCUCCUAAUUUUUUAUUCUAUCUUUAUUCGCCUGCAGUUUCACUAGUCCACGAACACACACACGGUAGUUACACCCAUCUUCACUGUGUGCAACUCAUCCAUGGCGAUUCCUGUUGUAGACUCCGAAUACCUCAAACAGAUCGAGAAAGCUCGUCGGGACCUUCGUGCCUUCAUCGCCAACAAGAAUUGCGCCCCGAUUAUGCUUCGAUUAGCGUGGCAUGAUGCUGGAACGUACGAUGUGAACACGAAGACUGGAGGACCUAAUGGCUCGAUUAGAACCGAGGAGGAGUAUAGUCAUGGAUCGAAUAAUGGAUUGAAGAUUGCUAUUGAUUUUUGUGAAGAUAUAAAGUCCAAAUAUCCAAAGAUUACGUAUGCAGAUCUAUAUCAGCUUGCAGGAGUUGUUGCUGUGGAGGUUACUGGUGGCCCUACUGUGGACUUUGUUCCUGGUAGAAAGGAUUCGAAGAUCUCUCCCAAGGAAGGCAGACUCCCAAAUGCUACCAAAGGCGCACCACACUUGCGGGACAUAUUUUAUCGCAUGGGUUUAUCUGACAAGGAUAUCGUAGCCCUGUCAGGAGGACACACUCUGGGAAGAGCACAUGCAGAUAGAUCAGGCUUUGAAGGCCCUUGGACGAGGGAGCCGCUGAAAUUCGAUAACUCGUAUUUUGUGGAACUUCUCAAAGGAGAAUCAGAGGGGCUUUUGAAACUUCCUACCGACCUUGCAUUGCUGGAUGAUCCUGUGUUCCGCCAUUACGUUGAGCUGUACGCCAAGGAUGAAGAUGCAUUCUUUAAUGAUUAUGCAAUAUCACACAAGAAACUCUCUGAGCUAGGGUGCAACCCAAAUGCUAAAAAGGUAACCGACAGCGUCGUAUUGGCACAAAGCGCAGUGGGGGUUCUGGUGACUGCCGCUGUGGUGGUUCUCAGUUACGUUUAUGAAGUCCGUAAAAAGGCCAAAUAAAUAAACCAUAAAAACUUAUAAUUUUUAAACAAGUUGCAACUAUCAAUGAAGAUGUUACAAGUUUCUGUACAAUUGUUUUGUUUACCUGAAUUCUGGAUCUACUGUAAGGAUUUAUCUCAGCAUAAUACCGUUAUUAAAACUCAACAGUUUGACUUUCUGUUUGUUUAGUUAAUACGCAAAAUAAUGUAGGAACUUAUAUUCCUUUGUG